UCCAGUGCGGCGGCAGCGAGAUGGCCGAGGCGGCCGUGUCCGAGCCCCCGGACACCGACGGCCUCCCGAGGGCCAAGUCGUGUUCGGACAUGUCCGUGCAGGACUUCCUCGACUUCCUGCACUCGUCCUACCAGCUCCACCAGGCAGUGGAGACGCCGCCGGACGGCGCCGCAGCGGGCAAGUCGGUCCAACAGAUCAACUGGAGACAGCUCCUGGACACUCCCAGCGCACUUGUUCAAAACGGACACAACUUGGAAAACGGAGCCGUUCCUCCAAGUGAGCACACGAUGGCGAAGAGAAAGCUGCACCAGGUGCUCCAAGAGGGUCUGCUCGACUCAGUGCUGCCCUAUUUGGUGCCGAAAACAACCCCUCCGGCCGCAGCCCCAAGUGCCAAAAAGAGCGAGGACGGUGGAAAGAAGUCCACGAGCCCGAAUCCUGAGAGGCCGAGCCGGCGUGGCAGGCACCAAGACAAAUUGGCAAAGGCCAAGAAUAGAAACAGCAAUGUUGAGGUUGAAAUCCACGUCUGCGACGAGGUCAAAGGGCUGAAGAAAACGUUCAAAUGCCCGCAAGCACUCUUGGUCACCGAAAUGGGAUACUUUGCUGAAGUCACGGCAGGUCAGCGGCUGGAAGAAAUGGACAUAUCUGUCCACUGUGACGUGUCGAAUUUUGAGUGGCUCAUGAACUGGGUGCAAAGACAGCCCGAUGACAAAGAAUCUUGGCCCAAGCUUGACUGCUCGAAUGUGGUGGCGGUGCUCACGUCUGCCGCGUUUCUCCAGAUGGAAGAGCUGUUUGAGGCGUGCAUGAAAUUCUGCCAUUCAAAGGCGAAUGAAUUGCUAGCCGGACCGGCAAACUUGGCUUGUAUCAAUGACUCCAUUCUCUCCAGGUUGGCCGGUCUUUUCAGUAAUCGGGAGGUGGAGCAGCUGCGAGAUCGGAAGGACCGCAUCCAGGGGCGGCUGUUUUGCAAGCUGAUCAGCUCGUUGUGCGAGCCGGAGGCGGACAACCAACGCGGCCACUUCGGCUCGCUGGCGUUCAUGUUCCAGUGCGGCGAGUGCCGCAGAUUGAUCCCCUCACUCGGCCUCGCGCACCGCAUCCCCUGCGCACCCUCCGCCACACAGAUCGGCAAUUUUGGAGAGCUCAGACACUCGCAUACAAGGCUGGUGAACUGGAGUCUUUCGGACCACGUGGCUGAGUUGAAGGUCGAGCUGCGAACCUGGCGGAAGGUGUACUGGCGGCUGUGGGGAGAGGCGCACUGGCUCAACUGCUCCCGGUGCCAGGGUCUGUUCUGCCUGAGCCAGGUCGGCUGGUGCCGCCUCCACCCCGAUGCUCCUCAAUUCGUCGGAGGUCAGCGGGCAUUCGGCAAACACCCUUGCUGCGGACUCAGGGUCCUCAGGUUUGCCCCCGUUGAAACGCAAACGGGUUGCCAGUACGAGGAGCACGUGCCUGAGCUGGAGAACGAGCAGGACAAAGCAGCGUGGGCCAUCUUCCAGGAGUUCCGGACGUUCAUCGCCGUCGCUCCUGCGCCGUUGGGACAGUCGUGCGUCGCGAGUGCCAAAACACAAGACUGCUCAAAAGGGUUGGAAGCAACGGCGGAGGCUGAGGAACAAAAACCGACCAUGGCGUGUCUACGGCUGGACGCUUCGAAGCCAGGACACACGUUUUUGCCUCCUUUCGUGUGGGAAUCGAGUCGAGGCCGAGAGCAGCGAAAUGAAGAGGCAUCAUCAUCAUCCCGCCAUAUGCGCAGCUGUGUUCAAGAGAUGGCAGAUUCAAGCGAGAGCAGUUCCAGCGAGAGCAGCGAGGACAGCGGCGAAGACGGAGAGGAGGAGCGCAGCAUCAAAAGCAUGCCGGCGAAGAGCCGGAGUAGAAUUCUGAACGCGAUAGGCCAAAACCCAGUGCUGCCCGUUUCCAGGGGACCCUUUGGACGGCACUGGGACCCAAAUCUAUCCACCCGGAGCAAUCAGGAUGACCAGAGGGAAUACGAGGAAAGAGCCGUGCGCCGACUAACGACCUGGUUAGCGAGGAAAACUUCCAAUACAUCCGGCUCGAGAUUCCCGCACGCGCAGGGACCAAUUGGAGGCACGUUUGUCGGUCUGGAGAGAGAGUGGCGUGACCAGCACUUCAGAGGAGCAUCCAACCAAAGCAAAAACCGUCUCAGGGUCAAGCAUAACUAAUAAUAAAAAAUUUCUUCGGAUCGUUUGUACCACUUUGCACUUCAAAAUAACUG